AUGAAUGCUGCGAAAAAUAUCAAAGAUGAAUGUAGCUGCAAUGAAUGCCACGAAAAGAAUAUUAUCGACAAGAUGUUUUACUGUAGCGCAUGUAGCUUUGAAGUUUGUGGGGCUUGUGCUUACGUGAAACAUCAUUUGCACGGAGCCACUCCGUUAUUGAAGAAAAAGGCUAACCAAAUGUUAACGGGACUUCAGCAAAAGUCAAGAAAUGUCAUCAAGACGUGCAAGUAUGUGGUUCCUGAAUUGCACAAGGGACUUUUUGAGAGCAUUGACAUUUUUGAAACGAAAUUGCUUUCGAAAGAGGAAACUCUCAAGGACGCAUCAACUUUUGCCGAUUUACGGGAGAAACAUGAAUCAUUCACAAAGAUCAAGUCCAAAUUUGAGUCAUCUGCUGAGAAUUACUUGCCUCAUUUGCGCAAAUUCGACAAAGAAGUUAAGGAAUUGAUUCAAACUCUCGACGAGACUCCUGAUAUCAAGAAAUCCAAA